CUUUCCCUGUGCGCAACAGCCUCCAAAGCGCGCACAGUCCAUUUUGACCAUGAAACGAAUUUUAAACUUUAUGUAACUUAGUUUAGUUAAACCGACGCGUGCAAUAGCAAUUGAAAAUAAUUCAGUAAUUCUUAUUUAUGCUGCAUUUGCAACCCUUGGUUUGGGACUGAGAAGUUUUUUGGAGAUGGGCAUGGCUGUACUCUGGGGUUCCCCGGUGAGUUUUCUUCAUGUCUGGCUUACCCUGGUGAUCUGCGGCCAGUGUGCUUUGGCUUUUUCGGUCGCUGGACAACAAGAGACGACCUGUGAGGCGAACGGCAGUGUUUAUUAUGUGGGGGAAUGGUACUUUUUAGACUCGGAUCAUUGCACCCAGUGCGAAUGUACAGCAGAAGGGUCUGCUUGCACGCGGACGGAGUGCACAUCCCUGCCUGCCGCUUGCAUCCAUGUCAGCCAUUACCCGACAGACUGCUGCCCGAGAUGCGAGAAGAUCGGCUGCGAGUACGGGGGAGAAGUCUACGAACUGGGGCAAAAGUUUCAGCCGUCAGCAUGUGAGCAGUGCACCUGUCACAGCGACGGCAUCGCCCGCUGUCAGGUAGCAGACUGUGCCCCUCCGCCAUGUGUUAAUCCAGUCUAUCAGAAAGGAAAAUGCUGCCCUCAGUGCAAGGAUGGACCCAACUGUUACGUGAAUGCCUCUAGGACCCAAGUGAUCCCUGGAGGUGAGCCAGUGUGGGUCGACUCCUGUACCAAAUGCCGAUGUCAUGACGGUCAGGAUGCAGGUUACUGGGAAGGCAACCGCUUGGCAACGUGUUCCCGUGUGCGCAACUGCCAGCCUGACGAGGGGAAAAACUGAGGAAAGAGGUCAAAAAUACGGUCAUCUGUCAUCCUAAUUUAUAUAAUGGAUGACAAAACUCAGCAGAUAUUUAAAUCAAACUUGUGGAAGAAAGUGAGGAGGCUUUCUAGCCUACAGACUUUAUAUGAUUAAAAAGCAGUCAAUUAUUAUUCAUGUUAACUAACCACUUAUCCAUUUGUUAAAGUAAAAUGAGUUGGUGUAAUAU